AUGGGAAAUGAGUCAUCCUUACCAAUGGAAAUGUGCAGCAAUUUUGAUGCAUAUGAGUUGCGGCGCUUAGCACGACGCUUCAAAAAAUUAGAUUUGGAUGGUUCGGGAAGUUUGAGUGUUGACGAAUUUAUGUCAUUACCAGAACUUCAACAAAAUCCAUUGGUCCAAAGAGUUAUUGAUAUAUUCGAUGAAGAUGGUGAUGGGGAAGUCGAUUUCAGAGAAUUCAUUCAGGGAAUAUCACAAUUUAGUGUCAAAGGAGACAAAACAGUAAAGCUCAAGUUUGCAUUUCGUAUAUAUGAUAUGGAUCGGGAUGGAUAUAUCUCGAAUGGAGAGCUUUUUCAGGUUUUAAAAAUGAUGGUGGGAAACAAUUUAAAAGAUAACCAACUACAACAAAUAGUUGACAAAACAAUACUAUUUCAUGAUAAAGAUGGCGAUGGUAAAAUAUCGUUCGAUGAGUUCUGCGAUGUUGUGGAGCAUACCGAAGUUCACAAGAAAAUGGUACUAGAAAAUAUUUGA